AUGGGCUGCAACACGACGUCUGCACGCAAAGGUUGGCCGGCCGCCUCCAGCGCUCCACCCAUUCCCUGCGAACCUGCCGCCCUCCGCCGAAGCGGUCCUCCCUUUGCUUCGUUUCCCCUCCGCCACGCCACCCACCCGGCGCUCGUCCACCGGGCACGGCGAGAUCGUCGAGCAGUUACUCGUAUCCAGUCCUCCUGCACCCUCUACUCUGUGGAUCCUCUCUCGGUAUGGUGAAGCCGAUAUGCAUAUAAUUUCAUUUCCCACCCUUUCCAAACCAGGUUGAGGGAUGACACCACAGCGAGUUGUCUGAAUUUGAAGAUAAACGAGACAGGAUGGGCUCUUAUCUAAGCACUGCAACCAGUAAGACUCGAUCCGUGGAUUCAGACGAGGUACAUGGAUCAGUUUUAAACAAAAGGGCCAAGAUAACCACAUAUGACUGUGGGUCAUAUUCGAGGAUAAUUCCAACUCUUCCUGAUGAGCUUUCAUUUCAAAUUCUAGCGAGAUUACCACGGAUUUAUUACCUAAAGAUGAAGAUGGUUAGCCGAACUUGGAAGGCGGCAAUCACCGGCUCUGAACUUGCCCAGCUAAGAAGAGAGCUUGGGUUAACUGAAGAAUGGUUGUAUAUACUUACCAGAGUCGAGGCAAAUAAGCUUGAAUGCUAUGCCCUCGAUCCAUUGUUCCAGAAAUGGCAAAGGCUGCCAUCCAUGCCUUUAUUCGCCAAUGAGGCGGACUCCACUGGGAGGACACGGUGUUCUGCAUUUCAGAUGUGGAAUGUUGUGGGCUCAAGCAUUAGGAUUGCUGAUUUCUUUAGGGGAUGGUUUUGCCGCCGAUAUGGAUUGGACCAAAUGCCAUUUUGUGGGUGCUCUGUCGGGGUUGCUGAUGGUUGCUUGUAUGUCUUAGGGGGGUUUUCCAAAGCUGUUGCCUUGGAUUGCGUGUGGAGGUAUGACCCUUGUCACAAUUUGUGGCAGGAAGUUAACCCGAUGAUAUCUGGUAGGGCUUUCUCUAAGGCAUCAUUAUUGGAGAGUAAGUUAUAUGUGGUUGGUGGUGUUAGUAGGGGUCGGAAUGGAUUGCUUCCUCUACGGUCGGGUGAAGUGUUUGAUCCGAAAACUGGUUUAUGGAGUGAGUUGCCGGAAAUGCCUUUUGUGAAAGCACAGGUAUUACCGACAGCUUUCUUGGCCGAUGUGCUGAAGCCUAUCGCCACUGGGAUGGCAUCCUAUAACGGGAAGCUCUAUGUUCCUCAGAGUCUGUACUCAUGGCCUUUCUUUUUUGAUAUUGGAGGUGAAAUCUAUGACUCCGAAUUAAACUCUUGGUCAACUAUGCCAGAUGGUCUUGGCGAUGGAUGGCCAGCAAGACAAGCAGGGACAAAAUUAGGUGUUGUAGUCAAUGAUGAACUUUAUACGUUGGAGCCUUCGAGCUCCUUGGACAGUGGACAGAUAAAAAGGUACGAUGCUGAAGAAGAUGUCUGGAGAACUAUGGUACCACACAUUCCAGUUCAUGAUUUCACUGAUGCGGAGUCUCCUUAUUUACUCACUGGCCUUCAUGGGAGGCUCCAUGUUAUUACAAAAGAGGCAAACAAUAAUCUUCAAGUUAUUCAAGCUGUAUUGGAGAAUAACACAGGAAACGAUGUGCCUGAAGGAAACGUCUUAUGGAACAUAGUAGCCUCAAAGAACUUUGGGGCUGCUGAGCUUAUUAGUUGUCAGGUUCUCAAUGUUUAAAAUGAUGAGUUGCUGCUGGCACUGGGAUUUUUCCAAUAUACUUAUAGAGUCACUGAGACAAUGUUGCAUAUAAUUAAUUGGGGGUAAUAUAUAUACAUUACGCGUAUUUAGAUUCUUGCAAGUCAACUCAUUGCUUAGACAAUGUCAUAUAUACUUAUAUAGUCAUAUAUGUACCUUUUUGGCAACCAUUGCAUAUGCAUGCAAGGCAAUAUUACUGUACUAUUGAAUGUCCUUUGCACAGUGAGGAAUUUGGUAAA